UUCCUAUACCAGUAAUAAUAGUUUGCUCUGGACUCUACUAUUAUAUAAUAGGAGAGCUCUCAAAGCACAGGACUCACGAGAGAUUAGAAUAAAAUGGAAUAUGAUAGGAAGCACCAGUGAAUGGGCAAAGGAGAUGAAUGUACUGAAAAGGAAUGAAAUUUUCAUCUUCUGGGAAGUGGGGUUGCUCUGCAUUUCCAAGAAUGGUGAUAUUAAACUGUUUUUAAGAAAGGCCUAAUAUAAUAAUAUGAUUCUUCUUCGUGUUUUUUAAUACUAUUACAGGAUAUAGAUGCAGAUGUCCAAUGUCCAUCCACAAGGGUGCAUUAUGCUGGUUUAUUUUUUUGUGAUGCCCCUGUAAAAUAUGCUGGGGCUGAAGAAGUAGGCAGUCGAAUAUUAGUGCACAUUCCUUUUGGGAUUUUGUCUUCUUUCUUUCUUGUGCUUCCUGGGUCGAUUUCUUUUUCUGUGUUCUUUAGGUUUUAAGUAUUUUGUCUACGUCUCUGAGGGGGUUAGGUGAGACCUUGUGUCUUUCACCUCAGGGUUUGGAGCCUGUCAUGUUUGAGUUUAUAGGGGAUGAUGAAGGUGGUUUUCUUGGAGGAGGAAGAUGUGUGUCUGGUGAAAGUGAAAGCAGAAGUGAGAUUGCCUUCCAGCAGGUGCUUAGAUCUACUCAGGAACAACACCAACAGCAGGUGGCCUGUGCUAUGGAGACUAGUUCUAGUCUCCUGAAUACCAGUGAUGACAACUGUUCCAGUCAUGAGGAUUAUUGUAUUAAAGAUUCAGAAAACUCCAAUGAGAAAGAAGUGGGUUACUUGUCCUUAAGGUCAAGGCUCUGUGCAAAAGGGCAUUGGAGGCCAGCCGAGGAUGUCAAGCUCAAGGAGUUGGUGGCCCAAUAUGGACCUCAAAACUGGAAUCUCAUUGCUGAGAAACUCCAUGGCAGAUCUGGAAAGAGUUGUAGGUUACGGUGGUUUAAUCAGCUGGAUCCAAGAAUCAACCGAAGGCCAUUCAGUGAAGAGGAAGAAGAACAGCUUAUUACAGCCCAUCGACUCUACGGCAAUAAAUGGGCUAUGAUAGCCCGGCUGUUCCCUGGCCGAACAGAUAACGCCGUAAAAAAUCACUGGCAUGUCAUCAUGGCCAGAAAACACAGGGAUGUUUUCUCUGCCAACCGACGAAGAAGGGCUCAGCAACAAUUCAAGCAAACAAAACAGACCAACAUUUUCUGCAUUGAAGCUGAUUCCAAUUUCAAAAACUAUAUCCCCACAGAGAUGGGUUCAUUCCCGAAUCUUCAGAAACCCUCUUCAGACAUCUCCAUUAAUGAAAUGGAAUUCUCUUCUUACUCGAAUUCAAAUUGCACAGAUUUGUCACUACCCAACAGAAUCCCUAAUUACAGCAUUACUGCCUCCCUAGCUCAGACCUUUGGCACAAUGCAGUCUAUCGGAUAUUCGUCUGGCGGCAAAGAGGGUACACUAUCAUUUGACAGUAAAAGCAUUCCAGGUUAUGAGCCACACAAAUUUCGUGUGCCUGGUGUCCCACCAGUACAUCAAACUUUAAAUACAAGCAAUUCCUAUUUCAGUUGCAGCAAAACCGAACAGAAGGCCGAGUUUGGAAGAAACUGCAUGGAUUCUACGGAGGAGUCCUCAACUCAUUCUUCUUGUGCAGUGUUGCUAUCAGAAUAUGGUAACAACUACUGCAACGCAGAUUCCCACGAGUACACAAAAUCCUUGAUUUUCAAUGAGAGUGUUGAAAACCGGCCUUUCAUUGACUUUCUGGGAGUGGGUGCCACAAACUCAGACCAGGCUGUGUUCAACAGAAAGCCUGCCAUUUCCGACAGAAGUUCACACUUUUGUACACUUCACACGGAACUGUAGACUGCUGUAACCAAUUCUGUCAGUGUGAUAAGAAUAUGCUCAGACUGCAUGUAAUUUGACUAACAAGAUCCUUGUGAUGCUAAUUGCUUCCAAAUGAUAGCCUACCGUCGAGAAAAAGAAAAGAUAAAAAGCCAAAACCUGUAACAAGAAUUCUGUACUGUCUAGAACUGUGAUGCACAGACUAGCUUAAUUCCAUUGGGCCACAGUUUGACAACCUCAAAUUUUGGCAUUAGAGGCCUAACCAGACUGCAGUUUGGAAGAAGGGAGGAGAAUGAUUCCCAUGAAAAUAAAGUUAAGAAAAUAAUUUAUUUUACA